AUGAAAUCUGGAGAUCAAACUUCUCGGUGGAAGAGAAACAUCAAGUGCUGGGCAAUUGUAGUAGCCGGUGUCAUAGCAAAGACCAUAAUCAUUUUGCUCUUCGUGCUGAUAGUAAUGCGUAUCCGAAAUCCUAAAGUUCGUUUGGGAGGGGUCACGGUAGAAAAUCUCAGAGCCAGUUCCUCAUCUUCCUCACCUUCUUUUAGCACGAAACUUAAUGCUCAAGUUUCCGUCAAGAACACGAAUUUUGGUCACUUCAAAUUUAAGAACAGCACUCUCACGAUUUCUUACAAUGGUAGUCCUGUUGGUAAGGCUACUAUCGUUGAGGGUCUUGCCAGGGCUCGAUCAACCAAGAAGUUUAAUGUGACGAUAUUGGUUAGUUCCAACAAUAAGAUAUCAAGAAAUUCAGACCAGCUUAGUUCUGAUAUUGAGUCUGGGACCAUAAAUUUGAGCAGCCAUGCCAAGCUGGAAGGAAAGAUACAGCUAUUCAAGAUAUUCAAGAAGAAGAAAUCAGCAGAAAUGAAUUGCACUAUGGACGUUAACACCUCGUUGAAACAAAUCCAGAAGCUGACGUGCAAAUGA